AUGUGUGAACCCUCCGGUGCAGGAGCCGCUUUCGCCAGCGUUGGGAGCGCGUUCAAAUUUGCCGAUCUGGCAGUCCGCAUCGCCGAAGUAGGCAGCGAAGAUGAAGUCUUUGUACGCACGAUACACGUGGUACGCGACGACCUCAAUGAGGUUGAACGACUGCUGGAAUCGGACACGAUGCAAAGGAAACUUGCCAGCAUUCCUGGCAAAGUUCCAUGGGUCAGAAGCGCCAUCGAUAACACCAAGUUAGCGUUUAAUGAGAUUGGCAAAUGGGUUGAACGCGCCCGCACCGCACAAGAGCCAACUGGGUCAAUACAGUUGAAUACUCGCGUCCGAUGGAUGUUCAACGACCACGAGAAAAUAUGGAAUCGGACGGCAGAGCUGUUGACCUGUCAUCAACAACUUUCGAACGUCCUCAGCUAUUUGAUCCGUUUGGAAGACAUACCAAAUCAUGUUGGACCAUCAGCGUACCAAGACACUGCCCAUUUCAACGAGAUGAUCUCGAGACAUAAGCGGAAGAGUAUACCUAAGAUAUGGAAGUCCUCGGAUGCUAUACGAGCAGACCAGAAUAUAGCUGCUCGUGGUUCAUUAAUGAGCCUUAGCUCUAGCGAAUUCGAAACCCCUACGUCGCCAUCGUCAAGAGCACUCCGUCUUCACAGUCCGCCACCGACCUACGCUUCAGCCCUCCAGGCUAACACCGAGCUAGACAACGAGCGGAACUCGUUUACGACUCAUCUCGAGCAACCCAUUCGACCUUCAAUGCAUAAAGUAGAUGUUUCAAAUUCAUUUACAGUAAACCAAGAAUCCGGAGAUACCUGGGCCUACCGACGAGUGCCAAACGAUUUACCUGUUUCGGAACUGGCGGGGGACACUGUUUUAUACCUGAGUGGCACGAAUUCGUAUGGGCCUGUUAACCCAUACGAAUACAGUGCCCCUCCUCAGUUGUCGACUCUCAAUACAUUAUCUGAGACUAUUGAGACCAAUGAUGUAGCAGAAUUACUAGGAGACUUGAAUUUCGCUGUUGAACUUCCAAGCAAUGGCCCACCACCGCCGGGAUAUCCUCGACAAGCAAGCAGAAGCACGACGUAUCAAUCACGCUACAACAAUGUAGCACAUGGAACCCGCAGCCAAGAACAAAGGAGAUCUGUUUCGGUGCUGCCAACUACUCCAAAACGCAAACCUAUUCUCUCACAUUCUUUCAGCGAGGACGGUACUAUGAACAAUGAACUACUACCCGCACCGGUUGGACCAAGCAUCAGCCCUCCCUUAUCGCAAAGGAAUGUUCUUACCGGCCAGGAUCGGCAGGUCUUUACAGCUUCCGAACUGCAGCUUUCGUUGGAACAACCUUCAGAAUCUCACCGAUCAAGAUCCACUGAAUAUCUUCAGAGUUGCUCAGAAUCUUCACGACCACGCUCCGCCGCAUCUACAUCAACGGGCCCAGAUAAUUUGAAUGUUAACAAGCAAGCAAUAGCGCAAGGUUCAUCACGAUUGAGUUGUCCGAAUAGUUCUUCAAUGUCGCCCAAGCCGCCAGAACCUGCGGGGUCAGCCUCGAUGACGCGAAUGCGACGGCAAAAGCAGAUCAUGGACUUGCUCGAAAGUCUUGGAUAA